CUUCCUGCUCCGCUUCCCAGCGGCGGGAGAAGAUGGCGGCGACCCGCUUGUGGCUGUGCCUGGCGGCGGUGGUGCUCUGCGCCUGCUUGGUGGCUGCGGAGGAGCCGAAGAAGAGCCCCGACAAGCCGGCGAAGAAGAAGAAAGACAUUCGGGACUAUAACGAUGCCGACAUGGCGCGGCUGUUGGAGCAAUGGGAGGAGGAUGAUGAUAUAGAAGAAGGAGAUCUUCCUGAGCACAAGCGCCCAUCUGCACCAUUAGACUUCUCCAAGAUUGAUCCAGGAAAGCCUGAGAGCAUUUUGAAAAUGACCAAAAAGGGGAAAACUCUCAUGAUGUUUGUCACUGUGUCAGGAGAGCCAACGGAGAAGGAGACGGAGCAAAUUACAAACCUGUGGCAAGGAAGCCUUUUCAAUGCCAAUUACGAUGUACAGAGGUUCAUUGUCGGUUCAAACCGCGCCAUCUUUAUGCUGCGUGAUGGAAGCUAUGCGUGGGAGGUCAAAGACUUUCUGGUAACUCAAGAGAGAUGUGAAGAUGUCACUUUGGAAGGUCAAGUCUACCCUGGUAAAGGAGGCGCAGGGAAAGAAAAAAAUAAACUGAAACCUGACAAAUCCUCCAAGAAAAAAGAUGUAAAACCUGGAACCGUUACAGAUAGCAACCAUGCAAGCAGAGGAAAAGAAGAUCUUUGAUAAAUGCACCGAAAUGCUGUAAAAGAGAUUUGGAACAUUUCAGAAAGAGAAAAAGGUUUUGCAAGUUUCAAAUUAUUAAAUGGUUAAGGGAGCAGCUUACUUACUGAUGAGAGGCAUUCAUUGAGAAAUAGCAGAGUUGGUGGUUAAUGGCUGUGGGCUGCUUAUAUUCAAUCAACCAUUAAGCCUCCACUCCCUGUCAGUUUAGUAUUAUGGGCUGGGUCCAGGGGAUGAGGGAGGUCUCCACUUGGAAAGCUGAUUUUUCCAUAUGGUAUUGCAGAUGACUCAGAAGAAUAGGGAGAAGGAAAAGCAAAACUUAGAAGCCGCCUGAUUUCUCAAUAUUGUGAUUAAUCUGAAUGAACAAUACACUUUCAUUGCGUCUUAAAAUUUGUAACUUGAGAUUUGUCACUGAUUAUACCAAAACAGAUCUAAGUUGAUUUGCUUUUAAGGUACUGAUAUUCCAGUAUUCCACACCGAAAUGGAAAUAAAAUUUUCUGUUAAUUAGCUAAUCACACUAAAUCAAUAUACUUUUUGAUAGUAUAAAAUGUGAAGAAGAAUAUCCACAGAUACAGUCCAGUUGAUUGCAAAAAUAAGAUGUGUGGGAAUAUAGUAUGGUUUUUCUGUGGUAAAUAUAUCCAUGCAAAUGGAUAUAUAUUACAGGUUGUGUUGUUUUCUCCUAAGAUGUUAACAAAAAAAGUUCAAGUUUGUGGCCAUUGUAUCGGAUUUCAUUUGCUGUUACAGUUUUAUAUUCAGUGCCAUGAAAAAUGAGCAAUACUUGGAACAGCCAUGGUAGGUUUUUUUCUUUAAAAGAUUUUUUUUAAAGGUAAUUAAGGAAAAGUUGCUGUUUGUGUGAAUGCUUCUUCCAAAACUUCAAUAAAUUUCUAUAAUUUUUUCAUAAAA